GCGGGCCGGCUGGGGCAGGGCAGCAGGCUGCGGGCAUCGCUGGCCACCUGGAGGGCGCGUCCCGGGGCGCCCGCGCUGCAAGACGGGGCGCUCGGCCUCAGAGGCCGGGUGCACUUGGCUGUGGCCGCUGUCUCGGGCACUAAAGCCACAGUCGGCGCCGGUUCAGGGCGCCCUCCCAUUCCAGCCCCAAAGCCGCCAGGGGUGCGGCUGGCAAAGCCACCCAUCCUAGAGGGCCCUGGAUGGAAAUUUGGAAGAAAGCCUGGUCCAGUCCGGAGGCCGAGGGCCCUCCGGGCUUCGGAAGGACGUCUAGGCGAACGCUGGACGUUGUGGACGGUCCGUAAAAGGGUGGGAAAGAACAGAAUCUAUUACCACCCAGUCCUUCUCUAGAGACCUCUGCAGCAGAAAGGCUCUGGAGUGAGCGUCCCCACGUCCCAACCCUGGCCCUCCCGGCGUCCAAGGCCCACCUGGGCUGAGGAUCGAACCCAGUGCCUCACACAUGCAAGGCCAAGUGCGCUACCGCUGAGCCCCAACCCGGGCCCUCUUUAUUUUUAUGUGAGGCUGAGGAUCAACCCAGUGCCUCACACAUGCAAGGCAAGCGCUCUACCAUUGAGCUACAACCCUAGCCUGGGCCACCCCCUUUUCCACCCAGCUGUUUUGAGGACUCCAGAUACACUGGACCUGGUCAUGGUGGAGAAUGAUUACAAAGCCAUGUACUCAAACCAACUCACCUGACUGCCUCCCAAAAAAUGGUGUCCAGUUUUCAGAGUUGUUAAAGUCACUCCAACCUCUAGGGUCCUCCAGGUCCUAGUCCUGCAGGGACAUGCCAAAGCCCCGAGGGCAGAAGAUUGCAGUCUGAGAAAGACCACGCAAUUGCCAAGCCUCUCAUUGGAGAUUCUGGCAAUUUCCUCACCAGAAGUGGACAACGCCAGUUGGUCGUGCAUCAUCAUGCCUCAGCAGCUCCUGAUCACCCUGCCCAAGGCCAGUACCUGGGUGAAGUUACACCAUCCAAGGAAGGCCAAGGGGGAGGCGCCCUCAUGGGAGGAUGUGACUAAAAUGUUUGAAGAAGAAGCUCUGCUGUCUCAGGAUGCUGCUGAGACCCAGGAAGAAAGUUUAGAGGAUGAAUUGACCCCUGACCUCCUGACAGCAGAACCCCAGGAACUGUUGACCUUCAAGGACAUAUUUGUGGACUUUACCCAGGAGGAGUGGGGGCAUUUGGCCCCUACUCACCGGAAUUUGUACCGGGAUGUGAUGCUGGAGAACUACAGGAAUCUGGUGUCAGUGGGAUAUCAGUUUUCCAAGCCUAGUGUGAUUUCCCAGUUGGAGAAAGGAGAAGAGCCAUGGAUGAUACAGAAAGAAGGCCCCAGAAAUGAUGUUUCAGACUCAAAGAGUAAAACAGAAACCAAUGAGUCAACUGCAAAUAAUGACAUUUCCCAGGAACAUUUGUAUCAUGACAUUAUGAUGGAAAGGUUCAUAAGGGAUGAUAUCAUUUAUUCCACAUUGAAAAAAGUUUCCAGAUAUGAUGAUGUGUUAGAAAAGCACAAGGAAACCUGUGGAAGAAAUGUGAGACAAGCCAUUUUGACCCACAAGAAGAGAGUCCAAGAUGUUCACAAAUACGGGGAAACUAUUGUGAGUUCAAAUAUUUUGGAACAGAAGCAUCAUAAAUGUGACACACCUAGAAAGAGGAAAAAAUACAAAUUAGAUUUGAUUAAUCAUCCAAUAAGUUGCAUAAGAGCAAAAAUCUAUGAAUGUAAUAUAUGUGAAAAAAUGUUCAAACAACCCAAUCAUCUUACUGAACACAUGAGAAUUCAUACUGGCGAGAAGCCUUUCAGAUGUAAGGAAUGUGGAAGGGCCUUUAGUCAAAGUGCAUCUCUUAAUACACACCAGAGGAUCCAUACUGGUGAGAAACCCUUCGAAUGUGAGGAGUGUGGCAAAGCCUUCAGACAUCGCUCAUCUCUUAAUCAGCAUCAUAGAACUCACACUGGGGAGAAGCCUUAUGUAUGUGACAAAUGUCAGAAAGCUUUCAGCCAGAACAUUAGCUUGACCCAACAUCUAAAGACUCAUUCUGGAGAGAAACCUUUUACUUGCAACGAAUGUGGGAAAACCUUUCGACAGGUUAGACACCUUAGUGAACACGUAAGAAUUCAUACUGGGGAGAAGCCCUAUGCAUGUACUGCAUGUUGUAAGACCUUUAGUCAUAGAGCAUAUCUAACACAUCACCAGAGAAUACAUACUGGUGAAAGACCCUACAAAUGUAAGGAAUGUGGAAAAGCAUUUAGACAGAGGAUACAUCUUAACAACCAUAAAACUGUCCAUACGGGAGUGAAAGCAUAUGAAUGCAACCGCUGUGGGAAAGCCUACAGGCAUGAUUCAUCCUUUAAGAAACAUCAGAGACAUCACACUGGAGAAAAACCUUACGAAUGUAAUGAAUGUGGAAAAUCCUUCAGCUAUAAUUCAUCACUUAGUCGACACCAUGAAAUACACAGGCGGAAUGCCUUCCAAAGUAAUGUGUAAAAAAAUAUUUAUUUGAUGAGAACAAAAGCCACAUCUGAAUCAGUGAUUCUUAGCUUUAAAAUUUCAGGACUCAAAUAAAUUUGAGAAGUUGAUUUAAUGAUGGUAACUUUAAAUUUUGCCUGUUGUGUAAAUAAACAUUACAUUAAUACCUACUGACACUUCUAUACAAAAUACUUAAAAUAUGGUUCUUCAAAUUAAAUAAAUUAAGUAUCAUGAAA